AUGAACCCUUUUGAUCACAUCCCUGAUGAUCUAGAGAUCGAUAUUCUCAGUAGAUUGCCAGGUACAUCUCUUAUGAACUCCCAAUACUUAUCCAAAUCUUGGUUUUCGAUAAUCCAAAAUCAAAGAUUCAGCGACUCAUUCAACUCUAGGUCCUUGAAUCGCGGUUCACGCCUCCUAAUCGCUUUCAAUAACUGUGAAUUCACCACUAAAAAAGCCGAUAUGCGUUUGUUCUUCUUCACGGCUUCAGAGGAAGGAGAGAACAAAUCUUCUUCUUCUUUAGUAGCCAAUCUCGCCAUGACAAUACCUUCCACGGUUGAUUAUUACUACACACGAUCAGGUUCAGGUACUUUAGCACAUGGCUUUCUAUGUUGCUCAUAUCAAGGUCGGUUCUUGAUAUGCAAUCCCACCACGAGACAAAUUGUGACUUUACCCGAAAGUGGAAAUGACGUGAACAAGAAGUUAACCUUUAAACUCUUGGGAUAUGAUCCGAUUGAUGAUCAAUACAAAGCAAUGUUCAUGAUGGCUUCUCGGUGUGGUGAUGGUGAUGUCGUGCACAAGGUUUUAACGUUAGGAGGAGGUGAUAAUAUUAAAACCCUUUUAUGGCGGAAAAUCAAAGACAAUACAGGACCUUAUGUUCCUUACACAAAAGGAAUAUGCAUCAACGGUAUUGUGUAUUACGGUGCUACAAGACCAAACACGGAUAGAGUUAUAGUUUGCUUUGAUGUUAGGUUUGAGAAGAUUAGUUUGAUGAAUCCACCUUUAUACAUCAAAAGCUGGGAGGUUGGUACAAACUUGAUCAACUACAGAGGGAAGUUAGCCAUUAUUCAUACAAUUCUCUUUUGGUGCUUCCUAUGGGUUUAUGUUAUGGAUACUAGAGAAUGUCGAGAAACAUGA